AUGCUUUUCCAGUUAUGCUUUGUGAUAAUAUAUCGUCUCUACUUUCAUCCACUGGCAAAAUAUCCGGGACCUCUUCUACACAGGCUCUGCGGCUUGCCUACUUUAUAUCAUGCUGGGAAGGGCGAUCUGCACUACCACCUGUACACGCUUCAUGACCAAUAUGGAAAACACUUAAGGUACUCACCUAACAAGUUAUCUAUCAACGAUGUGAAAGCACUUGGAGACAUUUAUGGAUUCAACAAGAAUACGUCAAAGCCAGAGGAGUUCUAUGCUGCCUUCAGAGUCAAUAAGCAAGCCAUCAAUACUUUCAAUACGAGUUCAAAAGAAGCACACCGACGCAAGCGAAGAAUCAUGGCUAAAGCCUUUUCCGAGUCUAGUCUCCAGAGCUAUGAAUCGUUCAUCUCACGGCGUGUACUGCAUUUCAUGCAAAAGCUCAGGUCUGGCACAGGUCGGGAAGAUGCAAAACCAUUCAACAUGGCUUAUGAAUUCAAUUGUUUGAUGCUGGACAUCAUGGGAGGUCUCUGUUUCGGCGAGGCAUUUGGGUUUGUGGACGGGAAAGGAGACAAGGUUAUGACUCAAGCCCAUAAGCGAACUUUCCGCAUUUACAUGACAGGUCAUGAACCCCUCUUGAAACGUCUAUACUUGGAUCGAUUGCUCUUUCCACAACUUCUGGCAGCCAGCAAUGCCCUCGGCGACUAUUCCAGACGCCACACGUUCAAUCGUAUCGAGAAGUACAAUGCAGGUAUAGUUGAUGCAGAGAAAGGCUAUGAGGACAUCAUGGCACAUUUACUCGACGCGGGGGAUGAGGAGACAGGGACCAAGUACAGCAGCAAUGAGUUGCACGGUGAAGGCAUCCUGAUGAUGAUGGCAGGUUCUGACACGAGCUCCUCUUCCCUCACAGCAACACUAUUCUACUUAUCUCGUCAUCCACGAGCCCUGAAGAAGUUACAUGAAGAGCUCCGAUCUCAAUUUCAACAGACAUCCGAGAUAGAGCCUCGAGCCGCCGAGAAUUGCAAAUACCUCCGUGCCUGCAUCGACGAGGCGAUGCGCUUAUCUCCGCCAGCCCCAACCAAUAUCCCACGAGUGGUUGGGGAGGGAGGUAUCGAGAUCGUUGGCGAACACUUCCAUCCUGGUGUUUAUGUUGGAGUGCCUAAUUUCACACUCUUUCGUAACAAAGAUUACUUCAUUUCACCGCAUGCUUAUGUCCCGGAGCGCUGGAUUCCCGAUCCAGAGACAGGAGUAACUGAAGACGACGUGAAGAAAGCGCAAGCAGCUUUUCAACCAUUCUCCCUCGGCCCGAGACACUGCAUUGGCCGGCACCUUGCCAUGAAGGAGGUAUCCCUGAUACUUGCCAAUUUGCUUUAUGUUUUUGAUAUAGAGCCAGUAUGUGGC